GUAAACAUUAAACGAUCAGUACGAAAGUGUUGUACUGGUUUGCUGAUGAAAGAAUUUAUAAAACCAAUCAAGUUUGUCAAAUAACGCCAAAAUUUAUUUAAAAUUAUCCAUAUAUGUAUGAGUAUUUCGCCUUUUAUUUUAGUUUCUAUAAGGUAUGAUUUUAUCAGUGAUCGCUGAUCAGAAUGUUGUAGUGUUAUCUGCUAUCUUAGCUGUGAUCUACUGGGCUGCUGUCUACUGUUUUCUAUGAAGUUUAAAUUCGUCUCAUUGAAGAAAAUGUUUCCUUUCCGAAAUUCAAACAUUCACAUAGGCCCUAAAACUCUGAAAGCAGUUCAUUAUUUACAGAAAGUCUUAUACUGCAAUCAUGCUGAAUAUGUUGAUGCCAGCUGUGCCAAGCCUGAAUGGAUUGCAUAUAGUCAUGCGAAACAAGGAAACUUUUUACAGGCACCUCCAAAGCUUCAAAAUCCAUAUGUUUCUGAUCAGCCCUUACGUAGUUAUUUGAGACAUCAUGUGCCAGAAGAGGUUUCUAAAGAAAUUGAAAGUGACUUAAAACCUUUUGGAGACAGGAUAGUAAAUGAAAUUGAUGCUCUUGGUUGGGAAUGUGAAUGUAAUUUACCAGUUUUGCAUCAUCAGAAUGCUUGGGGUCAAAGAGUAGAUGAGUUAAUCACCUGUAGUGCUUGGAAAAAACAACAUGACAUCAGCGCUGAAGAGGGACUUGUUGCAAUCGGCUACGAACGGAAACUUCAUCAAUGGAGUCGCUUACAUCAAGCUUGUAAACUAUACUUGUAUUCUCCAUCUGCUGGCUUGUACACUUGUCCUCUUGCAAUGACUGAUGGAGCUGCUAAAACAAUUGAAGUAAUUGACACUAAACAGCGUUUUCGGAAUUCAUUUGAAAAUCUUACUAGUAGGGAUCCAGCGAAAUUUUGGACCUCUGGACAAUGGAUGACAGAAAAAAGAGGGGGAUCUGAUGUUGCUGGAGGCACUGAAACAGUUGCGAUUGCUGAUGCUGAUUUUUAUCGUCUGUAUGGUUAUAAGUGGUUUACUUCUGCAACUGACUCGAAUAUGGCUCUUACUUUGGCUCAAGUGAAAGAAAGCGAUGAGAAUGAAAAAGGCUUAACAAUGUUCUAUUUAGAAACUAAAAAUUCAGAAGGAAAUUUAAACAAUUUACAGUUAGUGAGAUUGAAGAAUAAACUAGGAACACGGCAAGUGCCUACAGCUGAACUGCUUUUGGAUGGUUCAAUUGCUUACAAGAUGUCGGAAAGAGGAGAUGGAAUUGCUGCUAUUUCUAACAUGUUAACUAUAACUCGCUUGUACAAUGCUAUCAGCUCUGUUGCAGCCAUGAGAAGAGUUCUGAUGCUUGCAAGAGAUUAUAGUCAUCAUAGAAAAGCAUUUGGAAAGCCUUUAUAUAAAUUUCCUCUGCAUGUUCAAAUUUUAUCUAGAAUGGAAGUGAAAGUUCGAGGUUGUUUGCUACUCAUGAUGAAAACUGCUGUUUUACUUGGUAAAGUAGAGUCAGAUGUAGCCACUGCAGAUGAAGUCCUUUUGCUGCGACUGUUGCUACCAGUUUUGAAAUUAUACACAGCUAAACAGGCAGUUUCAGUUGUGUCAGAGGGUAUAGAAGCUUUUGGAGGACAAGGAUACAUGGAGGACACAGGACUCCCAGUUUUACUACGUGACUGCCAAGUUCUACCUAUUUGGGAAGGAACAACAAACAUUUUGUCACUUGACGUUCUAAGAAGUUUCUCAAAAUCAAAUUUUGAAACAUUGUAUGCACUUCAUAGGAGUAUUGCGUCUUGUAUUGAAAAUGCUCAAAAUAGGGAUUUGUGUAUUUCAUGUGCAAAUGUCAACAAGAGUAUCAAGUAUAUUUUAGAUUUUGUACAAACAUUUCCAGAACAGUUGAACGUUGCUUGUAGAGAUCUGUCCUACAGCAUAGCUAAAACUUAUAUAGGAGCUCUUUUGAUUGAAAACGCAAAUACUACCAACUCACCUACAGAUAUAAUUUCAGCAAAGAGGUGGUGUGAAUUGCAAGAUUUAUGUCUUCUGAGCAAUCAUCACAAUUUUUUGAGUUAUACUGAAGGUGUGCAUGGCGAUACUGAACUGGUGAUGGAAGGUUACAUUCCAUAACUGAUGAACAUAUGAAAGUAGCAGCUCUAAAGUUGAAGCACGUCAGACUGCCUUCACAAAUCUCCUAUUUGCUCCAACUCCCAGAAGAUAUUCCGGAAGAAUAGAUGCAAAGUAGGUUCUAAUAGGUGAAGAAAGAAUCAAUUGGGGAAGUAUCAAUUUUUAUAAUUUGCAGAUGUAAUGUAAGAAUAUGUCAAGCUAAGCAGCAUAGAGCUGAAUUUCGAUUGAUGCUAUCUAGUGAAAGUCUUAAGAACUCACUUUUGAUAAAUGUAAUUUUCCAAGUCAUUGUUUUGUUUAAACAUUUGAUGAUAAAUUUUUGAAGAAAAGCCAAACCGGCAACUUCUUCAAUAAAAAAAAUGACAAUUUGUAUCUAAAGAAUGAAUAUUAAAUUGCAUUUAAAUUUGUCUCAAUCUUUCUUUUUUCCCCCCUUUCUCCUGAGUAGAAUAUCUUGUUUCCCCCCCCCCCUUUGAAUAGUGGUAAGUAUGGAAAAUAUAUAAAAGGAAAUGUUCUACUGUGAUGGGAAGGGUGGUAUAAACCAGGUAGGAUGAUCACGAGUGUAAAGUGGUACAGUUCACAAAUCGCUGCAUUUCCUGAGUGUUGGUCGUACUAAUGUCAA